AUGAAAAUCAGCGCCCUCCUCCUCCUCUCCUGGUCGGCUUUGGCCGCAGCCCAGGUCACCUAUGACAACAAUACGGGCAAGUACGUCUGUGAGACACCCGACGCCAGUUACUGCGGGGGCGCCUCGCUCCAGACGGACAUCAUCAUCCGCUGCAACAACGCGUCGCAGGGCCAGCCCGGACGUUGUAGCGAGAUCCUCGCUGGCCAUCGCCAACAGGACGGGGCCCCUGCUGUCUGCUACCAGACGUCCCCUACCGAGGGUGAUGCUGCCUGUGCCCAGAACUGCGUCGUUUACCCGCAGGACGGCCGGGACCAGUUCACACUGCCUCCAGACCAAUGUUCUCCUGUAGGCGACGAGGGUCCCACGCCGACGCCGACUGGCGAAGGCAUCGGUGACGGCCCCGGACCUAGACCAACGAACAAUGUCACAGCCAACAUUACGGCGCCCCCUCAUGUUGAUCCUACGGGGCCUGGAGUUGUUCCCACGGCAGGUGCUGCGCAGAACGGAGUCGGGGCUCUGGCUGUUGCUGGUUUUGCUGCCAUAUUAUUCCUUUAA